AUGGAGCGACAACGACAGGGUGGAAGCGGCGUUGGCGACAAGCUGUUGGCCAACGCUCGCAAGAGCGGGCAGCUGAACAUCAGCGCGCGCGGGCUGGAGGCCAUUCCACAGGCCGUGUUCCACCUGCACGAGAUUCCGCCAGAGCAGACAUCCCUUUCCUUCGACAGCGAGGACAAGUGGUGGGAGUCGACAGACUUGCAGCGGUUGAUUGUGGCAUCCAAUGAGAUUCGCGAGAUCCCGGAUGAUGUGGAGCUGCUUGGCGCACUCACGCUGCUGGACGCCCACAACAACCAGCUUGAGCGCGUGUCCGACAAGUUGGGCGCGCUGCAGGAGCUUAAGGCCCUCAACUUUGCGCACAACAAGCUGCGCGCCAUCCCAGACGGCGUGUACGCGCUGCGGCACUUGAAGAGCCUGCGCCUCACCGGCAACCAGAUCCAGGACGUCGACGAGCGCAUCGGCGCCCUCACAGACCUCGAAGAACUGGAUCUGGCAGAGAACCAGCUGCGGUCGCUGCCGGAAUCCCUUGGCCGCCUGGCGCAACUCCGCCGUCUCGCCCUCAACAAGAACAACCUGCAGACACUGCCACAGUCGAUUGCACAGCUGUCGCUGAUUACGGAGCUCGAGAUUAUCCACAACAGCCUCACCGCCGUCCCGCUCUCCCUCGAGAACAUGGCUUCUCUCACCCGCCUUGACCUGCGGUACAACAAGCUGACGGCACUGCCGCGCCUGUGCAAUUUGAAGGCAUUGCGCGAGCUCUCACUCGGUUUCAACAGCAUCACCACCCUCGGGGACAUUCGGGCCACGCUGCCGAGCGGGCUGUGCAUCCUUGAUGUGCGUGACAACAAGUUGCGAGACCUUUCACCGUCGAUUGUGCAUCUGCAGGCGCUGGAGCGGCUCGAUGUCACCAACAACGACCUCGCCACCCUCCCGCCAGAGCUCGGCGUGCUGCCAAAGCUCAAGUCGAUUGUGCUUGACGGAAACCCGAUGCGCUCACUGCGCCGUGACAUUAUCGCACGCGGCACGCAGGGCAUCCUCAAGUACCUCAGGUCGCGCAUGACGGAGGAGCAGCUUGCUGAGCUGACGAGCGGAAGCGUGCAGAGCGAGGCGAGUGCACAGCGCCAGGAGGCCGUGGCAAAGGCGGAGAUGAAGGCGUCCGCCACGCUGGACCUGAGCGAGCAGAAGCUGCAGCUUGUCCCCAGUAAGCAGCUGGAGGCUGCUCAGGGUGCGGGCAUCUCCAAGCUCGUGCUGCGCAAAAACCUGCUGCAGAACUUGCCUGCAGGCACAGACUGCCUCGCGUCGACCCUCACAGAGCUCGACCUCGGCUUUAACAAGAUUGACACGCUGUCGCCGUCCAUUGCGCUGUUGGGUAACCUGACGGUGUUGGACCUGCAAGGAAACCAGCUCACGUCGCUGCCAAGCGAACUCAUCUCGCUCGCCAGCCUGCGCGACCUCAUUCUCUCGUUCAACCGCUUCAGGCAGCUGCCCGAGUGCGUGUAUGACCUGCUGGCGCUGGAGAAUCUCGUGGUGAACGACAACGCCAUCGACACGCUCGACCCGCACGGCCUGACGCGCAUGCCCAUGCUCGCCUGCCUGGACGGUGCCGCCUGA